AUGAGUGCACGGAAACUACAACAGGAGAUCGAUAAGGUCAACAAGAAGAUUUCGGAAGGGUUGUUGGUGUUCAACGACACCCACGAAAAGCUCUUCGCCACUGAGAUCACCACUCAGCGAGAUAAGUUCGAGGCAGACUUGAAGAAGGAAAUCAAGAAGCUUCAGCGAUUGAGAGACCAAGUUAAACAGUGGUUAGGUGAUCUGUCAAUCAAGCUCGACAAGAAAGUGUUACAUGAAAACAGAACGAAAAUCGAGCAUGCGAUGGAUCAGUUUAAGGAUUUGGAAAAGAUAUCGAAGAUCAAACAAUUCUCCAACGAAGGAUUGGAGUUACUUUCCAAGACGCCAGGAGGCCGAUUGAGAGGGUUUGGUGACUCGAUGGACGCCAAGAAGGCCGAGGCCUGUGAGUACAUCAGUGAGGUGAUAGAGAAGUUGAGCGCUCAGAACGAGAUUGUGGAGACUGAAGUGCAUCUGUUGGCAAGUCAGAUGAAGAAGGCCAAGUCUUCCAACGCCAUCACCAUCCAGGCGAGUUUGGAUGAGGCCAAAGAGAUGCAUGAGCUGCUCACCAACCACUUGCAGAAGUUGGAAAACGUGUUACGGAGCUUAGAAAACGAGAUCUUGAAGCCCGACCUCAUUGACUCCAUUAGAGAUGAUUUGGACUAUAUUGUCGAGAGUAACCAGGACGAGGAUUUCAUCGAUUACGACGACUUUUAUGAGACGUUGAACCUUGAAGAGGCUGAUUUCAAUGCGUUUAAUGUUGAACAACAAGAGAGAGAAGAAGCAGAGCGUCUCGAGAAUGAGCAGCUCGAGAACGAGUUGGACAACGACAAAGAUCCAGAAAAGAAGAAGGAGGAAAAGAAGGAGGAAAAGAAACCGGUUGUGCCUGCGGUACCUUCUGUGCCUGCUAAAAAGCCGGUGGUGGUCCCGGUGCCUGCUCCUGCGUUGACCAGUGGAACUUCGUACUCGGGUGUCAUUAAAAAUGCUCUUGGUGAAGCCGCUGUGGCACCACCAGUCUCUGCACCAGCACCACCACCGCUCGCUAGUGUCUACGAGAGCGGGAAGACGAUGGCAGAAGCGGUGGCAGAAGCAGCUGCGCUCGCAUCGGCUCCUUCUUCGUUGGCUGCUGCCACCACCACCCCCACCGUCACUAGAGCCACCACAUCGGCUCCUACCAACGGUCCACCGGGCUUGAACGGCCAAAACCUCUCCAAAGUACACACUGCCAAGUCGUCCACCGCUUCGCCCAUCACGUCCGCUGCAUACACCGAAGCCCCAGAAGUCAAAACCUUUCUUGACACCAUUCCACGAUUAUUGGCCCUCAGCCAGGCCCGGUUAUCAAGACCGCUCCCGUUUAAGACGAUCGGGACGUUGUUGGAAAACUCGUUGUACAACUGUCCUGACUCUUUUGAUGCAGAAACCCCUCGCCAGUAUACUCCUCGAAACGUACAUCCUUCGUCGAUAGACUAUCCUCAAGAGCCUAUGUUUGAGUUACAGUCUGCCAAUAUCAUGAAAAAGUUUAAUGAUGAUACGCUUUUCUUCUGUUUCUACUACGGAGAAGGCAUAUACAACUUAUCCCGGGCCAAUGCUGCAAGAGAGUUGUCAAGAAGAGGGUGGGUAUAUGAGACCUCGAGCAAGCAAUGGUUUCAAGAGAACCGCAAGACCCGUGACUGGCAGUACUUUGACUAUCAGGAGACGUGGUUGGUGAGGCACAAGGAUCAGCUGGUGUUUGGGGAGCAUGAGACGUUUCAUGUAAUAUAGUUAGAAUGAAUUUAGAAACGAUAGCACAAAC